AUGGAGACCACCUACCAAGUCCUCAUCUCGCUCAUCACCAUCAUCGCCGUCAUGGUGGCCGGCUGGUUCGCCUACGACCAGGGCUACCUCGACCCCGUGAUCGAGAAGAUCGGCGAGUACAUGUUCAAGGCCAAGGCCAAGGCCGAGGAGAAGAAGAUGGAGGCCGAGGGCCUGAAGCGCGGCGAAGACUUCGUCGACUCUCAACUUACGGGCAACCAGCAGGCCGACGACGUCAAGGCUGGACUGGGUUCCUUCGGCAGCCUUAAGAAGGACUCUUAA